ACUUCCUGUUUAGUUCUCCCGGUGCUACGGCUCUCCGUAAACAGACUGAUCGCCGCCGCCGCAAACGCAGAUUUCUUACAUCAACGCUUUUGCAACCACAGGCUGUUCAUGAUCGCCUCGGAGAGCGACGAGGACUCGUGUAACGAGAGGACGGCGCUCAUGAGCUCCGAGAGCCCAUGCGUGCAGCCGUAUGAUCGGCAGCGUGAGCCGCCCCAGGCCCCUGACACCACAAGGCAUCGGCCCGUGAGGGUCGCGAGGGCACCAGAACCGAGACGAGAUGCCGUCCCCGACGUCGAAGACGAGGAGCUGACGCUAAAGUAUGGGGCAAAGCACGUCAUUAUGCUCUUCAUCCCUGUCACGCUUUGCAUGGUGGUCGUCGUGGCAACCAUCAAAUCCGUCAGCUUCUACACGGAGAAAAGCGGCCAGCGCCUGUUCUACACGCCUUUCGCAGAGGACCCGAACACCGUGGGCGAUAGGUUGCUGUCGUCGUUUCUCAACACCAUCGUGAUGAUCAGCGUGAUCGUGGUCAUGACUAUCUUCCUAGUGCUGCUCUAUAAGUAUCGCUGCUACAAGUUUAUCCACGGCUGGCUGAUGCUGUCCUCCCUGAUGCUGCUCUUCUGGUUUAGUUACAUGUAUCUGGAGGAGGUGUUCAGGACGUACAACGUGGCUAUGGACUACCCGACGGUGGCCAUGAUCAUCUGGAACUUCGGGGCAGUGGGGAUGGUCUGUAUCCACUGGAAAGGGCCUCUACAGUUGCAACAGGCGUACCUGAUCAUGGUCAGCGCCCUGAUGGCUCUCAUCUUCAUCAAGUACCUGCCUGAGUGGACCGCCUGGGUCAUCCUCGGCGGCAUCUCUAUUUACGAUCUGGUAGCUGUACUGUGCCCUAAAGGUCCUCUGAGGAUGCUGGUGGAGACUGCGCAGGAGAGGAACGAGCCCAUCUUCCCCGCUCUCAUCUACUCGUCUGCUAUGGUGUGGAUGGUGGGAAUGGCCAGUCCGUCAUCUGUCUCUAAUGAGGAUGAGGAAUUGCUACAUGACGAGGACGGGGCUUUGGAAAGGGGAGGGGCGGAGCCUGAGAGCGAGGCGCUGCGUGGGCAGAGCAGGAGCCAGUCUAUAGACGAGGACCUGGAGGAGGACCGGGGUGUGAAGCUGGGGUUAGGAGACUUCAUCUUCUACAGUGUUCUGGUUGGGAAAGCAGCAGCCACGGGUGGAGACUGGAACACCACGCUCGCCUGCUUCGUCGCCAUCCUUAUCGGUCUGUGUCUGACUCUGCUGCUGCUGGCCAUCUUUAAGAAAGCUCUCCCGGCUCUGCCCAUCUCCAUCACGUUCGGCCUCGUCUUCUACUUCACCACCGACAACCUUGUGCAGCCGUUCAUGGACAGCCUGGCAGCUCAUCAGUACUACAUCUGAUCCCGGAGACUCACCGCCAUCGCCGCCAAGCCAUAACCACACAACCAGCGCCUGCCAAUGUGAGAAUAUACCUACUUUUCAUUUACCUUCUGAGGCAGGACCUGCAGAGAUUUCUUUCUCUCUCUCUCUCUCUCUCUUUUUUUUUUUUUUUUUUUGUAAUAAGAAAAAGAAGAACCCCCGAUCUGCGAUCAGAUCUUGCCAUUUGUAUUCGGAUCCAUCCCUGGAUAUGAGAAGCAACACUUGACCCUGGAUCAGAUGAUGUUGAAGCUCGGUGUGGGGUGUUUCAGCUCAGAGCUUUCUGCCUGGGCUUCCCAGAUUUAUUAUUUUUUAUUAUUAUUUUGAAGUAUCAUAUUGCAAAAAGGUUUUGUGGUUAAGAAACCAUGUCAAAAAACAUAAGCUAAAAAAGAUUUAUUAAUGAAGGAUUAAAGUUUUAAACGCCACAAAAACAAACCAAACCAAAAAAAAAACAAGCUGCUAAUUUCUUCAGCUGUUUUUUGUUUUGUUUUUGUUUGUUUGUUUGUUUUUGUUAAGGAAUGAAUCCUUGUUUGCAUAGAGCCAGAUUCGAAGAAUAUACUUUAAAAAAAUUAACACACAGACUUCAUUUCCACUUCUCCACAAAUAUGCUAGUCGCCGGUUGGUUUCGCGACAGAGCUACUGUACGAGGCUAACGUAGCCCAGAACCUGAAGGACGUGUACAGCUAAAUGUUUAGCAUCGUCCAGUCGUUUAUAAGCACUAAACAAACCUUUUUUUCGUAAUCCUUAUUUUGAAAGUGGUUACACUCCGAUGAAGUAUCUUAUACGAGUUAAUAAUAACUGUGAUCCACUAGAGUAUUAAAAAUACAAACCCUACUACUUCUUAUUUUUUAUCAUUAUUAUUAUUAUUAAUCCUGAUUAACUCAGCACCUCUACAUAUAAAAGUGAUUAUUCCUGAAUGUGAUUGCAGCAUUCAUCCCAAAAAGCGCUUGAAGCCAUUUGAGAUGCUAGCUCGCUAGCUACACCUAGGUUUGUACGUCUGAAGUAAAAGUAAGUAACAUUCAGUCAGGUUAGUCGGCUAAUCGGCUACGUUACAUCAAAAUGCCGGGUUGUUUAAAUUUUUUAUUGUACACAUUAUUUAACGUGUCCCUGAGUGUGUUUUUGUUUUGUUUUUUCACUGCGCUCAUUUUAGGUGUUUAAAUUGUUUUUAAAAUGACUAACUUUUUUAUUAUUAUUAUUAUUAUUAAACAUUGACCAUGAAGAAAUCCCACAUUUAUCAAUAUAAUUAAUGUUUGUGUAAGAGAGAUGACCAAUAUAUAACACUUAGCUAAAACCCGAUGAGGUAAAGUUAUAACAAGCUCAGGCUUUAUGGCUAGCUCACUUUACAAGCCAUGUUGUGUUUUUUUCUUUUCCACAUUUAUUCAUUCAUUAGAGUUCACAUUUAUAAUUACACGUGACUUUUUUUUCUGAGAGUAAUUUUUACUCUUUGUUUCUUUAGAAAUGUCUAAAGCUGAUAUUUAAACAAAACUGAGACCUACAGAAAAUGUACUUUUAAGUCACAAUACUAUGAAUCCCAGGCAAUUUGAUUUAGAGUACAAGUCCUCGCUUUGUUUUCUUCUUCCCUUAUAUUAUUACAUACUAGAGUUUACCAGCAGAUCCUGAUGGCCGCGUGUCCCUGCGGUCAACUUGCGGCCGCUCGUUCCUUACUUUUAAUUCUGCCUUCCGUAUGCGCUGCCUACUGCUACGUGACUACAACGCCUGUGACAUGCUCACGGUAUGACAUAAAAAGUUGAUGACGACGCUGCCAACUGUUACACGCCUGCGUGACAGACACCGAUGGUAUGAGGGAGUAAAAAGUUAUCGUUCAUCCUCAUGUUUUAUCCUGAUAGGCAGAUAGUUUUUACAUUACAAUCGGUCUAAUUAAACACUGAAUGUUGUCAAGCGUCCAUAGAAGACGUUACGUUAAAGCAGCUACAAACCAUCGUUCCCUCAGCAGCUUCUGAUCUCGUUUCUUUUAUUAUUUUU